AUGGAUGAAGAACAACAAUUGGAGUCUGAGUUGCAGAGGAUUUUAGACAUGGUGGGCAACAGCAGUGAAGCAUCGAUUGAUAAAAGUGACAAAAUGCUCUCUUUGACAAACAAAAAUUUUCAAAAUCGGGAAGACCUCAUUGAAGCUGCUCGUAAGAUUGCCUUUGCGCAAGGGUAUGCACUAGUUAUUAGAAGAUCUAAAUCCGAGAUAUAUGUUGUCCUUGGUUGUGAUAGAGGCGGUAAUUAUAAAAGCAGAAAAGUUCCACUAGAGGAAAGAAAAAAGAAAUCAGCAUCUCGCCUCAUAAACUGUCCAUUUGAAAUUUGGGGCAAAAAGAAAAGGAAACUUCAAGGAUUUUGGAAGUUGGAGAUUAAAAGUUUGUUGCAUAAUCAUGAACCUUCAACGGACAUGUCUGGACAUCCUUAUUGUCGUCGAUUUUCAAAUGAGGAAAUUAUGCGGAUUAAAGAAAUGUGUAUGGCUGGUAUACCACCGCGCCAAAUUCUCUCUUCACUUCGACAGAGCAAUCCUCAUCUUCGAGCAAUUUCCCGAAACAUUUACAAUAAGAAGGCUAAAAUUUUGGAAGAGAGCCUAGCAGGACGUACGGUUAUUCAAGCAUUAGUGGAUGAACUUGGUGAAGGUGGUUUCUCUUAUAACAUUGAGUAUGACCAAGAAGGGUAUUUGACUCAUUUGUUUUUUGCUCAUCCUAUAUCAAUUGAAUUGAGUAAGAGUUACCCACAUGUCUUUCUGAUGGAUUGCACUUAUAAAACUAAUAAGUAUAAGAUGCCAUUAUUGGAUAUAAUAGGAGUUUCAAGUUUCAACACUUCAUUCUACUCUUGUUUUGUCUUCAUGCAAAAAGAAGAAGAGAAGGAUUAUGUGUGGGCUCUAGAAAUGUUCAAUAAAAUUUUGGGAGUUCAUAAUCAGCCAUUGGUGAUCAUAUCAGAUAGAGAAUUGGCCUUAAUGAAUGCUAUACGCAUUGUAUUCCCAAGUGCUUGUAAUUUGUUAUGCGUGUGGCAUAUUGAGAAAAACAUUCUUGCAAAUUGUAAACCUCAUUUUAGAGAAGAAGUUGAUUGGGUUGCUUUCCUAUCUACUUGGGCUGAUUUAAUCAAAUCUCCAAAUGAAUCAUCAUUCGAUAAAGCUUGGGAUUGUUUUGAAAAUGAGUACAAGGAGAAUGCAGCUGUUUUGAACUAUAUUAAAGGUACUUGGCUGCCAUUGAAAGAAAAAUUUGUAAGUGCAUGGACAGAUGAGGUUGCACACUUAGGUAAUCGGGCUACUUCAAGAGCUGAAGGUGCACAUGCAACACUAAAGAAGUAUCUUCAAGUUUCAACCGGAGGUCUUCGUGAGGUAAAAGAAAAAAUAUGUCUUGCUAUUGAACAUCAAUUUCAAGAAAUCAAAACUCAACUCUCAAGUGAAAAGGUUCGUGUUCCACAUAGACUUCGGAUUCCAUUCUUUAAAGAAGUUGUUACUCAUGUAUCUAUGUUUGCUUUAGAUGAGUUAUACAAGCAACAUGAAGCUGCAAAAUAUGGUAAUCUUUCAUCUCAAUGCACAGGCCAUUUUUUCAAAACGAUGGGCAUUCCUUGUGGACACAUGAUUAAGGAUAUGAAAAUUCAAGUAUUGCCUUUAAAUGCCAUACAUAAUCAGUGGAGGAUCGAUGCACGAUUGUUUAACAAUGAUCAACAUGCAAGUUUGGAUGAUGAAAAUGAUCAAAUAAAUAGUCUUCUAUUGGACUUCAAAGAAAAGUAUGAAAAACUGCCCAUUCUUCAAAAAGAUGAUACAAAGAGACAACUAUCUCAAUUUGUUGGUACUUCUUUUCCCUUAAUUCUGGAGCCUAAGAUUCAACCUCAUAAAGGACGGCCACUAGGGUCAAAGAAGAGAAAUGAAUCUAGCUCUACAAGGCGUGAACCAUCAAAAUUUGAGAUAGUUGAAAAGUCUCGUAAAUGUAGUGUUUGCAAAGGUGUUGGCCACAAUAAAAGUACUUGUCCAUUUCAAGUUGCCUCUUAA